AAGAACUUUUGAAGGUCUUCCUUCUACAUAUUAAUUUUACGAAACUGCUAACAAUUUCAACAGAACUUCUUUCAAACUGCGAAUUAUUAAGUGACAGCAUGCAUAAACUGUUUUUUCUAAUUCUCAUCCUUGCCUUGUAUGUUGAAUGCGCCAGAUGGAGUGAAUGCCACACAUGCAUGUCUUCCUUAUCAAAGUUUGUAGCUCUUUCUAAAGCAUGGAAUAAAAUGCAAGGAAAGGAUAAAUUGAUGACAUCUUGCAAUUUUGUCCGGGAACGUUCAAAGGACUCAAAGCAGUACAAAGUAUGCGAGCAGAUUCUUACGGAAGUUAUGGCUCACCAAGUCAUUCUCCACAAGAUCAAAGUGUAUAGAGCAAAACACAAAAGUGUGCGCGCUUUUUGUGCCAGAGAACUGUCGAAAUCAUAUUGUCCAUACCGAGGAUAAACAAUUGAUACUCAUAUUUUGAUAGCAGAUGCUUUCUGAAUUUUCCUAACAAACUCAAGUAAAGAUGAUGG